GACUUCGGCAAGUGGUACCGCGUAAUGGUGUCAAACGUUCCUCAUUUCCUUUUUUAAAAUGAAGCAAUUUCUUAGAUUUACGUAAUUUUUUUUUUACGUAAGCUCUAAGUACGAUCUAACAGGUGGAAGAUGGCAAAUAAACGUGGUGUCUGGUGAUCUUUGAAAUUUCCACGACGUGAACGUUGAAAUUUAAAGAAUUUUUAAGAUACAGGGAAAAACUCUAUAAAUAAGUGAGUUUUUUUUACGUAAGAGUUAGUGCAUAUUGGGUUCCUUGUGCAGUAAGUGCGUUUUAUUGUGUGUGUGGUGUCGGCUCGAAGGACCAUAAAUGAAGUCCAAACAGAAGCUUUCUUCAGCAUUGGUCGGAUAAAAGAACGAGUGCAUCGGUACCCCGGGCCAGUCUUAAUUAAAACAAUAUGAGGAACGCGAUUGUUUUUCAGGUUUUUGCGGUUUUUUGGCAGUACGGAGCCGUUGCCGGGCUGUACGGCUUAGGAGGGUUUGGAAGUUUUGGUUUCAGAGAUGAACCAGAGGACCCAAAACGAGUCAGAAUCUACCUGGACGACGACGAAAAGCUCCUUAUACCAAAAAACUCGAAAGUCGAAUAUGUUAAUCCUGUUAUAGAAAUUGGUCAGGAAUAUCCCCCCGUGUUGCCUUCUUAUGUAACAAAGAUAAUCAAAAAGCCACUGUACUUACCUCCCCAGCAGUAUCAACCUCCACAGUUCUACCCCAAACCGUUAGCCAGUCUUUAUGGGAAAUCCCCAUUCACUUUGGAAGAUUUAAGAAUCAAAUCUGACGAUAAUGGUGGGUAUUUGGGAGCCACCUCAGCCGUUGGACAUCAACCAAUUACCGACGAAGUUUCUAUUCCCGCGUUUAAUCAUCAGGUACAGGCCAAAGAAUCAUCUUCACCGGUGGCUUAUGGAAAGCUUCUCAGGCCGAUUUUGUUGCUGCCCAACGGGUGGAUUCACGGGGUGAACAUUGAGGACGGAGAGCAAGAGAAACCCGUUACCGAAGAGAGACCCGACGAUUUAAAGUAUGAUUUUAGGACCAGAACGCAUUCUAUCAGAUAAUUUUUUUUAGGAGUUUUUUUUGUACAUGUUUAUAGUGACUUUUUAGGGAACUUUGUAGUAUUUUAGGGAAGUCUGUGAUUGUAAAGAGAUUUUUUUAAUUUAUUUUUUUUUUUAUUAAAUGUUAUUAUUAAUAAAUAUUCAUGAAGA